GGCGAUGGCGAAUCAUGGCGCCCGUGUCUCCCCCUCACCCCCGACCUCCUGCCUCAACCCCCGUUCAUGUUCCUUGGAUCCCAGCGCUCCCUUCUCCCUCUCCCCCUCCUCCCCAUAAACAAAUCAGCAAACAUCAACCCUGGCGAGGGUCUUCCCCGACGCUGCUUUGGUUAUCUGAGAUUCUGUCUCCUCCUGCCUUCCUCUCUAUAUGGGACUUCUCCUUAUCGAUGGGACUCCCCUCACGUCGAGUUCACGCCAUUAGCGUUUUGUUUUUGAGUUGAGGCUGGCUGAGCGUUCAGCCCAGAAGAACCCCAUCGUGGCCUCAAGGCCUGGCAGACAAAGUGGCUGGGGCUGCGACGGGGUUGGAGUGAAUGUCGGGUAUUUCAUGCACGGUGUUUGCAAGGAAGGGGACAACUGCCGUUACUCCCAUGAUCUAUACACUAGUCAGUCUGCCAUGGUGUGCAGGUAUUUUCAGCGAGGAUGCUGUGCUUACGGAGAUCGCUGCAGAUACGAGCAUACCAAGCCAUUGAAAAGGGAAGAAGUGACUACUGUGAGUUCAGCUGCAAAAACCUAUCCAUCAGCUUCCACAGAUGUGAACCCCUCUCCUGGAACACUUGAAGUGAGCACUGGUGAGACUGAAGUGGAAGACAAAGACCUGAUAGCUGCAGGAGUGGGGGCUGAAGACUGGGUGAAUGCUGUGGAGUUUGUUCCUGGGCAGCCGUACUGUGGCCGUGCUGCUCCUUCCUGCACUGAAGCACCUUUGCAGGGAAUGGUAAUUGAAGAAGAAUAUGAAAAACAGCAAACAAACUUGGAGAUGAAGAAGCAACUGUGUCCCUAUGCUGCAGUAGGAGAAUGCCGUUAUGGAGAAAACUGUGUCUAUAUCCACGGAGAUGUGUGUGACAUGUGUGGCUUGCAGGUCCUCCAUCCUGCAGAUGCGGCUCAGCGAUCUUUACACAUAAAGUCUUGCAUUGAGGCUCACGAGAAGGACAUGGAGCUCUCAUUUGCUGUCCAGCGUAGCAAGGACAUGGUGUGUGGGAUCUGCAUGGAGGUGGUGUAUGAAAAAGCGAACCCCAGCGAGCGCCGCUUUGGGAUCCUCUCCAACUGCAAUCACACUUACUGUCUCAAGUGCAUCCGCAAGUGGAGGAGUGCUAAACAAUUUGAGAGCAAGAUCAUAAAGUCCUGCCCAGAAUGCCGGAUCACAUCUAACUUUGUCAUUCCAAGUGAGUACUGGGUGGAGGAGAAGGAGGAGAAGCAGAAACUCAUUCAGAAAUACAAGGAGGCAAUGAGCAACAAGCCAUGCAGGUAUUUUGAUGAAGGCCGUGGGAGCUGCCCAUUUGGAGGGAACUGUUUUUACAAACACGCAUAUCCCGAUGGCCGCCGAGAGGAGCCCCAGAGGCAGAAAGUGGGAACUUCAAGUAGAUACAGAGCCCAGCGGAGAAACCGGUUUUGGGAGUUCAUUGAAGAGAGGGAGGGGAGUGAUCCCUUUGAGAACGACGAGGACGAAGUGGUAACGUUUGAGCUGGGUGAGAUGCUUCUCAUGUUGUUGGCGGCGGGAGGCGAUGAUGACCUGACAGACUCCGAGGAUGAAUGGGACUUGUUUCAUGAUGAGCUGGAAGACUAUUAUGACUUGGAUCUAUAGCACCUCUUUGUGGAGUUUGGACUGUCUGCUCGCUUUCCAGACAGUAGCCCUUUUCCUGUGGUGUUGUGGCAGUGCCUGUGUUUUUCUUCCUCCUAGGCAGGCCUAUCCAUUCCAGGUGCUGCUGUUGUACUAACUUUUUACCCAGGGUCUGUCUCCUUCCUUCCCCACCCACCCAGUCCCAGGAGUGUGUUUUUUCCUCUCUGUUAAACAAAACAACAUGAAAUAAACCUUUAAAACGUUAGGUUUUGUAAAAAAUGAAUUUAACUGUCAGACAGUUAGAUUAGACUUGUUGCUUCAUAUCUGUGUUCCUGGCAGGAUUCACCCAGUUUCAGGGUUCAAGUGUUUACAGGACUUCCACACUCAUCCUCGAAGAGCCCAGAUACAAACUUGAGAGCAGCGGCUGUGCAGUGUGCGGGGGGGACGGGCAGAAGUUGGCCAGUGGCCUCUUUCCGCUACAGACUUUGGAAACAGAUUUUUUCUACUUCAGAUUUUAUGCCAGCGGCGUGUUUUCUCGGCUGGCUUCAGCUCCAUUCCAACCCCUCUCAUGUACACGUGCUCAUUUGUGGUUUUGGUCUCUUGUUUACUUGCACAUUACUAUUUUACUACUGUGUAACCAGAACCAGGUGCGAAUGUUCCGGGUUUUUACUGUUCGGCAUGAAAGGCAAAUGUGUUUGUGUGUGAAAGGAGAACUUUCUAUGUAUGUAUAUACAAAUAAAAUGCAGAGUUGUAUCCCAA